AUGUCAGAGUCUGAAGAAUUCAUUUUACCCCUUGAUAACCUGUUUUUUGACAGACCAGUGGUUCAUAAAGUGAAACCAUUAUGCCAGGAUCAAAAUGUCUGGCAGCCGGAUGCUGCUUCUGUAAUUUCAGAAAUAUCAGUAGCUCAAGACAUCCAGAAAGAGGCCAAAUACCUCUUUUCAACUGGUUUCUCUCAGAAGGCAAGGACAUUUUUGCCGCCUUUCCGCCAACCCAAUGUCUGUUCAGGAAAAUGUAUCCGAAAUCUGGCAGAUAAAGAAGGAGGCCAGAAGGCAUUUGGCGCAUGGGCUCCUGACUCAUCUUCAGACAGGUUCCACACUGCUGACAGUAAUAAUCAAGUCUACCCCAGCACACUGGAAAAUUUAGAUCAUCUUGUGGAAACCAGAUCUUUUCAUUCCCGUUCCAGCCCUCGCUUCCAGACUCGGUUGUUCAAAGCUCCCUUGACGAGCUCAGUGAGCAACUGUGUCUCGGUUCCAACAAAACCCAACCACAGCCUCAGUCAUGUUGCCAUAGCAACUGAGCAUCCACCUACAAUGCUUGCUGUUGCUACCUGUGGACCCUUUAAGGAACUAGGCCAGAUCAAGAAAUGUAGCCCGUCACAACAAAAGUGUGACUCCGGUCUGGAAAAAACUCAACUUCUCCCCAUCACUCCCAAACCUGUUCAGAUUCAAGGGUUAUCAUGCCCAGGGAUUCUUCGUUCUGUCUCUGAAAUUCCUGCUAAAUUUAGAAGUGUCUUCAGAGACUUCCCCUACUUCAACUAUGUGCAGUCCAAAGCACUGGAUGAUGUUCUGUACACCAGCAAGAACUUUGUUGCCUGUGCACCCACUGGCUCAGGAAAAACUGUGCUCUUUGAGUUGGCUAUUAUUCGACUUCUUAUGGAGACCACAGAGCCUUGGCACAAUGUCAGAGCCGUCUACAUGGCACCAAUUAAAGCCCUUUGCAAUCAGCAAUAUGAAAACUGGAAGCAGAAAUUUGGGCCCCUAGGACUGAACUGCAAAGAACUGACAGGUGACACUGAGAUAGAUGAUUUUUUUGAAAUCCAGGAUGCUCAUCUUAUUAUGACAACACCUGAAAAGUGGGACAGCAUGACGCGAAAGUGGAGGGAUAACUGUUUAUUGCAUUCAGUCCGACUCUUCCUCAUUGAUGAGGUACACGUGGUGAAAGACUUAACCCGUGGAGCUACUCUGGAGGUUGUGGUCAGCAGAAUGAAAGCCAUACACUCUUACCGUAUGGCUGAAAAUCCAGACUCUAAGACCAACACCAGAUUUAUAGCAGUCUCUGCCACCAUUCCUAACUUUUGUGAUAUAGCUGAUUGGCUGUCAGAUGAUCUGGGACUAGCCACUUGUCUGGAGAUGGAUGAGAGUCAUAGACCGGUGAAACUGAGGAAGGUGGUGCUGGGAUUCCCCAGUAUAAACAAUCAGAAUGAAUUCAAGUUUGAUCUCUCUCUCAAUUACAAAAUGGCCAGUAUCAUUCAGACCUAUUCUGAUCAGAAACCAACAUUGGUGUUUUGCUCCACUCGGAAAGGAGUUCAGCAGUCUGCUGCAGUGCUAGCCAAAGAUGCCAGAUUCAUUAUGAGUAGUGAUCACAAACAGCGGUUAAAGAAAUAUGCCAACUCUCUUUUUGAUUCAAAACUCAGAGAUCUAAUUAUCUGUGGUGUGGGAUAUCAUCAUGCUGGUGUUAGUGCGUCAGACAGAAAAGUGGUUGAAGACGCAUUCACUGUCGGUGACUUGCCUGUCCUCUUUACCACCAGCACUUUGGCAAUGGGUGUGAACCUUCCGGCUCACCUGGUGGUGAUCAAGUCCACAAUGCAUUAUGUUGGCGGGUCAUGUGAGGAAUAUAGUGAGGCUGACUUGUUACAAAUGAUUGGCCGAGCAGGUAGGCCACAGUUUGAUACAUCAGCAACUGCUGUGAUUAUGACACGGUCUCAAACCAAAGACAAGUACAUGCAGUUUUUGAAUGGUUCUGAGACCAUAGAGAGCAGCUUGCAUACAAACUUGGUGGAACACCUGAAUGCUGAGAUUUGCCUUCACACGAUCUCUGAUGUAAACAUGGCUUUAGAUUGGAUUCGUUCCACUUUCCUUUAUAUCAGAGCUUUGAAGAAUCCCAAACACUAUGGUUUUUCCCCUGAUCUUGACAAAUGUGGGAUUGAAACCAAACUGCAAGAGCUCUGUCUAAAGAACCUAAACUCAUUGGCCUCAUUUCAUUUGAUUGCAAUGGAUGAAGAUAUAAACAUCAAGCCUACAGAGAGUGGGAAGCUUAUGGCCAGGUACUAUGUCGCAUUUGACACUAUGAAACAGUUUAGCAAGGUGACUGGUAGAGAGUCCUUGUCAGAGUUGAUUGAAAUGAUAUCACAGGGGAAGGAGUUUAAUGACGUACAACUAAGAGUCAGUGAGAAGAGGACCCUGAACACACUGAACAAGGAUAAGAACAGAGUCACUAUCAGGUAUCCCAUGGAUGGGAAGAUCAAAACUAACAACAUGAAAGUAAACUGUUUGAUUCAAGCUCAGUUAGGCUGCAUUCCAGUUCAGGAGUUUGGACUGACUCAAGACACUGGGAAAAUAUUCAGGAAUGGAAUCCGAGUUAGCAAAUGCCUGGCAGAGUUUCUCAGUCACCACCCCCAAAAGAAUUUCUCAGCUCAGCUCAAUUCCUUGAUUUUGGCCAAGUGUUUCAGAGCUAAGCUGUGGGAAAAUUCUCCCUAUGUCUCCAAGCAGCUGGAUAAGAUAGGGUUGUCCCUGGCAACCGCCAUGGUGAAUGCAGGAUUGACCUCGUUCAACAAGAUUGAAGCAACAAAUGCCAGGGAACUGGAGCUUAUUAUGAACAGACAUCCUCCAUUUGGAAAUCAGAUCAAAGAAGCUGUCAGCAAACUCCCAAAAUAUGAAGUUAGUAUGGAACAGCUUCCAAGAUACAGUGCCUGUACAGCAGAGAUUGUUGUCAUGGUGAACUUGAAAAAUUUUGAGCAGCUCAUGACCAAAAGAACUGCCCCAGACCACCAUUAUGUUACUGUAAUAAUGGGGGAUUGUGACAACAAUGUGGUCUUCCUGCAGAAGAUCCCAGAUGCUAUGCUUUUGAAGUCUGGGAGCUGGUCAAGGAAGACUGAAGUUGCAAGAACACCUAAGGGAGAUGAGAUCAGCAUUCAUUUGAUAAGUUCUGAAUUUGUGGGACUGGAUAUCCAGCAGAAAUUCAGUGCAUUCUACUCAAAAGCAAAGGUUUCAUCUGAAUCACUUGGUGUGGGGAGCAUAGCAUAUGUGCCUCAGAGUGAACAGGAAACAUCACACAGACACACCAGCACAGUGCUCAAUUAUCACAGGGUCAUACCAAGAGCCCAGGUUGCAGCACAGAAAGUUCAGUAUUCUCCAGAGGACCAAGAUCACACUCAGACAGAAAUUGGCAAAAGGCAGUGUAACCAUUUCUGUAAAAACAAAGAGCUUUGUGGCCAUGACUGCUGCAAAGUUGGAGUACAGGUGGGGAUAAAAAGACCAAAUCAAGAGUCCAUUUUCUCAUCAUAUCUCAAAGAUCUAAAGAUAAGGAAUGAGAAGCUCAUAGAUACCCCAGUCAAACGUUUAAAGAUGAGAAUGAAUAAUAAAGCAGACAGUAUCAGUAUGAAGCAGUUCUCAUACAAACCCAAAGACACAAUUCCAGCUCAUACCAGUGUGAACCACAAAAUGGAAGUGGGCCAGGGCUUUGCCACACCUCAAGAUCUGGCAUAUUUUGAGUCAGACCAUGAUGAUGUUUUUAUAAGGAGAGAAACUACAGAGAGACCGAUGAGCAGAAUUCCUGCCAGUCACAAGAGAACUCAUGCCAUCAUAUCACAACCAAACCUCAGCACUGACAGUGACUCUGUGCCUGAUGCUCUCAAUGUGACAUUUGACCUAGCAGGGGAUGACUGGGAUGAUUUUGAUGAUGAUAAUUUGGUUCUUGCUUGUGAGGUUUCAUGCAAGGAGGAUUGGAAUGACUGUUCUAAAUCAACAGAUUGUCAGAGUUCGGUUCUUUCUACCGAAACAGAGCCUAAAUCUGGAUUAUCAGCAGGGAUUGUACCUGCUGCUACAGCAUCACAAAGAUGCACAUGUCCAGAAAUAUCUGCAGCAUCUGUGAAACAUCCACUCCAAAAACAGCAUGAGGCAAAAAAUGUGUCGUUACAAAGGCGAUUUAAUUUUUUCUUAAAGGAAGAUUCAGCAAAAGAAGAACACAAAGGCUUAGCCAGGGAUCAAAUGGAAGAGAAAAGUGAGGUUGAUGUGUUCCUGGGUAUAUUUGAAGGGAUUUUCUAGAGUGUCUUGGGGCUGUUCUUAA